GUAAACAGACAGACCGGAAGUUUACUUUCGUUAAAAACGCUGGAAUCAGGAGCAUUGGCCUGUUACUGGAUUACAGAUAUACAAAGUCUGCGAGGGCCAACGUAAAGAAAGACACUCGUGGCCUGAAAGAUGGCUUUUGAGGGGAAACCACCCUUCCUCCUCUCCCUCUUCAUGUUUCUCUCCAUGCUGUCAUCUCCGUAUGACUGCCACCCUCACUCUGCGCGGCCCAUGAGUUCAAGCGAUGUGGAUGCAUCCCUUUCCCUCGCAUCCUAUGAUACUGCAAGGGGAGUGUGUUUCUGUGUAAACUCAGUUUCAGAUAUAGCAGCAGAUGUAGGAGACAAUGAUGAUGUGGCAAACAAGAUCAUUGACCUGGCUGUGCAUGGUGCUGCACAGAACCGCUCUUACAGACGGCUGGCCGACUUCACCGACACUAUAGGGAACCGUAUCAGUGGCUCGCACAACCUAGAGAUGGCUAUCGAAUACAUGUACAAUGCUAUGACACAGGAUGGGUUGGAUGUCCAUCUGGAGCCUGUCAAAGUCCCACACUGGGUGAGAGGGAAGGAGAGUGCAGAAAUGAUUGUGCCCAGGGUCAAAAGUCUGGCUAUACUGGGACUGGGUAGCAGUGUAGGAACUCCGCCUGAAGGUAUCGAGGCAGAAGUGUUGGUGGUUCGGUCUUUUGAGGAACUGAAGCAAAGAGCCAGUGAGGCUGUUGACAAGAUUGUGGUCUUUAACCAGCCAUUUGUCAGCUACGGGGAGACAGUGGCUUACCGUUCUUGUGGCGCCUCUGAGGCAGCUAAAGUUGGAGCCGUGGCCACACUCAUUCGAUCUAUCACUCCAUUGUCUAUUAACAGUCCCCACACAGGUUGGCAGGAAUACCAGCAUGGAGUGAAGCGCAUCCCUACAGCCUGUAUCACUGUGGAGGAUGCUGAGCUGAUGUGGCGUAUGGCGCAGAGGGGGCAGAAGAUCGUGGUUAGACUCACAAUGGGAGCCAAGACUCUGCCGGAUGCUGACUCUUUCAACAUAGUGGCUGAGAUAAAAGGCAAGGAGCACCCUGAGCAGGUCGUCUUACUUAGUGGUCAUUUGGACAGUUGGGAUGUGGGCCAGGGUGCUAUGGAUGAUGGAGGUGGAGCCAUAAUUUCAUGGGAGGCCCUGUCACUCAUCAAGGACCUGGGUUUGCGUCCAAGGAGAACAAUGCGAACAGUGCUGUGGACGGGUGAAGAGCAGGGUGGAGUUGGAGCACAGCAGUACUAUGAUCUACAUAAGGUGAACCUGUCCAACUUUGACCUCGUCAUGGAGUCUGACACGGGGACGUUCGAACCGGUUGCUCUGCAGUUUAAUGGCAACAACGAAGCACGAAAGGUGAUGGAAGAAGUUGUCAAAAAGUUGGCUCCCCUCAAUACGAACAAACUGGAGGAGGACGCAGAAGGGGAAGACAUAGGACUGUGGAUGAAGGCAAAAGUACCAGGUGCCAGCCUCCAUGUGGAUGACGCCCGAUACUUUUGGUUCCACCACACUGAGGGUGAUACCAUGACUGUUCAGAACCCUGACGACAUGAACCGCUGCUCGGCGUUGUGGGCAGUUGUUGCCUAUCUUGUGGCGGACCUGCCGGACAUGCUGCCUAGGUAUCCAGUUAGCACACAGGAUACUUAGCCUUCAGUUGACAGGAAGACAGGAUGAUCACUCUGAACCACUGGUUGAUUCCAAAACAUAUGGUGAAAUCCAACUUUAAAAAAAAUGAUUGAUAAUGACUAGAAUCGUGUCAUGAUUAUUUUGAAUCUGAAGCAGGCUACAGUCCAGAACAGGACCAAAGAAAGGGCAUGCAAGGUUUUAACUGAAAACCAAGAGCAAAAUAACAAAUAUCAAUGUGAGCAAAGUCAUUUUCAGCAAAACACAUUAUGCUUAGAAAUAAGGGGGAAAAGAAGAAAAGAAGACCAAAAGAAUGAAAUCUGUGUGUAAGAUAAAGGACUUUCUCAGGUAAUGUGUUUGUCCUAGUGCCUUAAUAUAAUGGGCAAAGUCAGGCAAAGCAAAGAAUAACAGGCAAAUGACUGAGAAAGUGUUUUGAGAAAUUGUGAAGCUGCCUAAAUUUGUAAUGCUUCUGUCAGUUUCCAGUAUUAUCUAAAGGAAAAAACUCAUCUUUACAAACUAUAUAUUUAGUUAACUGUUUGUCAGUAUUACAAAUACUACAAUUCCUGUCACUCUCACGUAAUAUUCAGUGAAAUUUGAAGAAAUCAUUGCGCUGUUGUGAUAUCAUCAAUAAAGCAUGAAUCAACGUGUUACGCACUUACUCCCAUCUGCCUUUAUCUGCUGUAAUGCUUUGAGUUUUGCUGAUCGUGUAGUUUCUGUGACUUAAGAGAGUAGAAGACAUAUACAACACUGAGUGUUUGUUUCCAUAAAAGGAGGUGGAGGAAAGAGGAAUGGAAAAGCAAGAGUCAUGAUGGGUGAAGAAAUUAUUAGAGUGCAAAAAAUGAUGAGAGAUCAUGCAGUGGAGGAGAGGAACUAAAGAGAAUUCCUCAUUUUGUGGGUGCCACGCAGACCAAUGCAGAGGAUUUAACAAACACACACAGCUGCGAUCUCUUUACCCAAGAACUGAUAAGUCAGUUCUCCCUUUGGUCUUACUGACUAACCCUGUACUAACCCUGA